CUAUGUUCAGAUCUGAACGGUUGCCUGAUAGAAAGAGAGCAGACCGAUAUCACCAUUCCAAGAUGCAUCUCUGUUUUGCCAUCACCUUAUCGUUUGUCAUUCUUCUACGUAACUCCAUCACGCUCCGAGCUACUGUCACUGGGCCAGCUCCUGCGGACAGCGAUGGUCUUGGGUCUCAGGUAUGUCCAAUGUGCUGCCAGGGAAUUGCCGGGACACCAGGAAUUCCGGGCCUACCAGGAAAUCAGGGUCAGUAUGGACCAGCAGGGGUAAAGGGCAAUACUGGAGUCAAGGGUCAGAAGGGUGAGAUUGGUCCAAUUGGCGCUGUUGGGAGCCCUGGCCGCAAAGGGGACGACGGAAUCGGCCUGCCCGGUAAGGUAGGUCCCAGAGGUCCACCUGGUCUAGUUGGAACCACCGGGGAAGCCGGGGUCAAAGGUCAAAAGGGAGAUCCAGGAGAGACUCCAGAUAAUUCUGCCCGCUUGGUAGCAUUCACUGUGAUGCGGACAAGCGACUCAGAUACCUCCACGAACGCUGAGACCCGUUUGCCCUUCGAGCAGACGAUGACGCUACUUCAGGGUACCGACUUUGAUCUUGCAACGGGUACAUUCACAUGUACUGUGCCGGGCACAUACGUGUUCACGUUCUCCGUAUGCAAGUAUUACAGGAACAGUCUGUACGUUCACCUUAGAAGAAAUAACGAUUGGGUUGUCUCUGGCCGUAGCACUGACUCCGGUUCCAAUGAGCAGGUGUCUGGAAGCGCCGUGCUUGUUCUGAACCGAGGAGACUCAGUGUAUUUGACCAUGGCUGGUAAGGUGUACGGUACCUCAACGUAUCAUUACACCUCAUUUAGCGGCUUUCUCCUUAACGCUAAAUAAACAGCAGCCGCGCAAUAAUGUUCUAAAUUCCGUGUCGUACUUUUUUUUCUGAUAUAGGUUGUGUGUAUUUAUGGUUAUUUGAUUUGUUUGUGAAGUACAGAAAAAUUAUGUCUCCAUAGAUUCUGCCUCCUUUUGUAUUUUGUAGCCGUUUUAAUUCUCCAACAGCACGAAAAAUAAAGAAAAAUCCAGAUUCACUGGUAGCAAAGUGAUAUUUUUGAUGGAGUAUGGGCCUACCUUUCUUGCCAUCUGCAUUUUAAUGUAUAAAAAAUGUUCUCUAAAAGCCCUUUCAAAAAUGUGAAUGACAAAAGUUCAUUUUGGCCAUGCAGCAAGACAUCAAUUUAUACACAAUCAUCGUUGCUGUAGAGAAAAAAAAUAUGAUUAAUCAUCAUUAUUUAAAUCGUGACGCAAAGCAGAUGUUCUCAAGGAGUAUAAACGGCGAUUUUUAUUUAUAGAAAGUGGUCAUUGCUCUGCUCAAAAUUAUUUAACCAAGUUGCGUUUUUUGCCAUCACUAUCAAAAUUAAGAAAUUUCGGAGACACACAAUUAACCUGCAUUCAAUUGAAAUUGCAACCAUUGUGGAUGUUAUCAGAAUAAUGAAUUUGCAUCACACCUUCCUUUUUGAGUAAAUCUUAAAAACUGAAAUUAUUACCUGCGACAGGAAUUUCACGGGGUACCAUGCGGGUAAUGUUGAAAAUAUCUACGUCAUUAUAUGUUAUCCUGAAUUUUAGUGGAUCAAUACUUCUUCACAAUAAAGUUCGCUUUACGCUUAAUUAACAGUUGAUCGUCUUUUUCGGUUAUCGUGUACUCUGCAAUGUGGAAUUACAAGGCUGUAUAGACGUAUCAUUUCAUGAGAGGUCCCCAAAACAUGUUAAGACCCAGGAGGGUGAAAUGACGAUAUGAACGACAAAAAAAAAAAAAAAAAAACAUUGAAAUAAGGCGCUUUUAAUGCACUGUAGCCUGACACCUUCAGUAUAGUAAUUGUUUAUAUUCCCUGUUUGAAAGGAUACAAUGAUGUUUACUACCAGUGGAAACAAUACCUGAUAAAGUAAAGGGCUUCAAAUUGGAUAUAUUCCUGUGGAUUGUUUUCACUUCCCAGGGCAAGUGAAAUCUCAAAGUAUUUUUUUUCAAAUGCAGAGUUGUAGACGUUGGACACAUCCAUGUGUUUAUGGGACGCAUGACUUGACUUGUAACUUCACUUGCACAUCAUGACUUCUUACUAAGCCCAGGUCCAAAAACUACUCAUUUCAAUCCAUUUAAGUUUUGAAUUAGGCAUAUAAAUUAACUUACGCCUUCAGUUCUAAAUAUUAACCAGUGUAAGAUUACCGUUGCCGCACUAUUAUUAUUUUGGUCUGGCCUGUCUGAGGCCACGUGUGAAUCAUUUGGCUGCGGCCUGGGAUCAUGCAGUACUAUUGACUCAUUCUAUGGCCGCAGCAAACCACUAUAAUAGACUUGCGUAGUUUGAGAUCGUAAUCAAGUCAAUUCCUGGAAAACCGCUCAAUGUAAUGCUUUGUCGUACUUGACAAGGACCAUCUCAUGAGCAGAAACGUAGCCCUUUUCAAACUGCUGGCAGUUAUGCAGUCAUGUUAGUAACCUGACUGGAUAAUAACAGUGGUUGGUCUUUUGGCAUCACUUAGCAGUUGUUAAAACCUUUCUGUGUACCAAGUCUUAAACUGAAGCAAGAACAGAUUUACCUAUUACGGCUGCAUAAAUAAUGCAAGAGCUUGUAACCUUUGUUUAUUCAGCAAAGUCUUUUCGCGCCUAAGCAGAUUUUUCGCUUAAGCAGCUCUAUGAAAUUGGCACCAAAUGUAGUUCCAAACUACCUCGCGAAUCCAUGUUGACCAGACCGUGUUUAGCUUAUGUAUCAAAAUCGUCAUUUAUGACGUCAUCGUGAGGUCAUUUCCUAACAUCCCAUAAGUUAACUUUGGCUAUUCAGUGUAUUGCACAUGGAAUUUAAACCAACAUGUUUUGUUGUGAUCAGAAUUAAAUAAUGUUAGAAAUGAGAUUUUGUUAAUUAAAUAAAAACAUAUAAGAGACGAAACUUU